UGUUUGUUUCGGCAGAAAAGUUUUACUGCAAAGCUUUUUUCUGUUCAUCAGCUAGCUUCCAGGGGAAAGUAAUUUUCUCGAGGAAGUAUUUUUCUGGAAACAAGCGGAUAAGUGCGUCGAUGUUUUGUGAUUGAAAGAAGGCAGACGAAUUCGGUGUGUUUGCAAAAACAUUGAUUUUCUUUUACAGAACGAUAGCCUGUCGAGAAAAUCGAGGAAAAGAAAGUAAAUAUUUGAAUCUUAUGUUCUUUUAGCUGUCAUUUUAAUUUUUUUUUUUGAAUAGUGGAAAUCUACACCAAUUAAGGGAAGUAAUUGGAUCAGGACAUGCACAAUCAACAAUCAACAUAGUUUAAUUUUUCUUUUUUCAGCACAUUUUCGCAGGAACCGAUCGGAUUCUACUUCAGCUUCAGUGUUGUUUUCUUUUUCUCUUGUUCACUCUCUGUUGAAUUUUGAGAUUGUUUGGCCAAAAAGUUCUCUGUAUCACUACAGAGUUAAAAGUGAAUUUUUUGACAUUAUCCUUUCUUCCAAACUGUAGUUGUGAUUUUCCUUUACUUGCUGUCUGUCCAAAUUGACCAUUUUCAACAUCUCUUUAGCAAAAUUAAGAACAUUUAUACAUUUUUUCUGACCCAAAAACCUAACCAAACUGGAUAGUGAGGAACUCUUUCAAUAAAAAUACAAGAUUAUACAUGCACAGAAGAUUGCACAAACUUCAAGCUUUCGAAAAAAAUAUUCUUAUUUUAUUUCAAUUUCAAUUUCUUUUAAAAAAGGAAGAAUAGCUUUUAAAAGUAAAUUGCCAUCUUGGAUGCUCAAAUGCCUUAUUUUUUCUGCUUCUUAUCAUUGCUUUAAGAGGACAUCAUCUAUGCAUAACAGUUUGCAUUGAAUACUUUAUCAUAUCAACAUACUUUUUUGUGGUGCGAUUCUUGUUAACAAAGAAAUUUUAAUCAUUUCACAGUUGUCUAUGUUGUCUUUCUCUUGUUGCUCCUUUUUCUUCAUACAAGCUUACUGCACACUUUUGUAAAACUUAUCAGUAGGUAGUCCAGUAAUCAAUUACUUUCAUAUCGCCCCCACAUACCAAAAAAAAAAAAAAAAAAAAACCCCAAAGCAGUCUUGUCCUUUUCUCAUGGCAUCAACAAAGGGAGGACUGGAACCGGAUUUGAUUCAUAUCCAAAGUUGGUGAGAGGUGGACAUAGGAAAACAGGAUGAUAGUGUUGGUUGCUUCCAUGGCAUAAAUCAUGGAGCGUCCACUUUACCCCUGUUUUCCUGAAUAAGAUUCGUUGGUCACUUUGAAGUUGACAAAAGGUAUUUUCAAUACUCACCACAAAAGCAUAAUGAACAGAUGCUAUAACCCUGAUCUUAGGAUGUGUUUCUUGUAUAAAUAUCGACAUCGUUCCUCUCUAGACUCGAGAUAAAAGGAAAGAUAUGGUUGCAGCUACACCUAAAGAGACUCCAGAUUCUGCAGCCAAAAAAACUUCAGGAGGAUCUUUUGAGAGAGAUGUUGCUCUCGCAAAUUUGGAAAAAGAAAAGCAGUUGUCUUUUAUCAGGGCAUGGGAAGAAAGUGAAAAAUCGAAAGUAGAUAACAAGGCCCAGAAAAAGCUUUCUGAUGUUUGUGCAUGGGAAAACAGCAAGAAAGCAGCUGUUGAAGCUAAACUGAAGAAGAUUGAGGAAGAAUUGGAGAAGAAGAAGGCAGAAUAUGCAGAGAAAAUGAAAAACAAAGUAGCAUUGAUUCACAAGCAAGCAGAAGAAAAGAAGGCAAUGAUUGAAGCCAGACGCGGGGAAGAAUUUCUUAAGGCGGAGGAGAUGGCUGCGAAAUUCCGUGCAACUGGGCAGACACCAAAGAAGGUCCUUGGAUGCUUUGGAGGUUAAAAUUCUUGGGCAUGAUAUGAAAGUACUAAAAGAACUCAAUUUUGUUCAAUCUGUCUACCCUUUUUUUUUGUUAUUUUUGUUUCGUGUGUUGAUCUGGUUGGACCAUAAAGGUUCAUUAGUGUGUUUGUAAAGUAUAAAGCAUAUUUAAUUAAUGAGUAAAAGCUUGAUAUUAAUCAUC